AUGGCCGACCUCAACUGUGAAACCACUGACGUGGUGAUAUGCGGCUGCGGACCCACGGGAGCCAUGCUGUCUGCGUAUUUGGGCCAGAUGGGAAUUCGCAAUAUCGUGUUAGAGAAAGAAGAAAACAUUACAACUGACCCAAGAGGUAUCGCGCUUGACGAAGAUGGGAUUCGUCUGCUGCAGGGUAUAGGGCUGUACCCGUCUAUCUAUAAAGAGAUUGGAACCUGUAUGUACACUUUCAAGUUCAUUGGAGGUACAGAUCCUGUUCUGGAUAAGAGGGCGUUUAUGGAAAUGGAUUACGGGACAACAGAAGGUGGAACAGGACAUGUAGGAUUUAUCUGCCACAAACAGCCUGCACUGGAGAAGAACCUACGGCAAGCAAUGGCCUCGUUUCCAUCUUGUGAACUACGUUCUGGCUGCUCGGUGACCGGCCUCUCCGAGGACGAGGAUGGUGUAAUAUGCCAGUAUCGCGAUCCCCAAGGAAUUGAGCACCGCAUUCGUACACGUUUUUUCGUUGGUGCCGAUGGAAAGACCGGAUUCACAAGAAAACAAUAUCUCGAGGCACGAGGGAUAACCAUGGACCAGGCCCACAGCGCCUUUUAUGAAGAGACAUGGGUAGCUCUAAACUGGAAAAUUGAUCUCCCCAACGAGAAAACCCACCCUACUUUUCCGCUUUGGAAAAUGGGAUACACACCUGAGCAGGUUUACGAGCUAUUUUUCCCACUAAAUUUCCGGUUCAUCUGCAAUCCCAACAGACCAUCUGUUUGUGGACGCUUUGGACUGCCGGCUGAUAGGCUGUGGCGCUUUGAGUUUGUGGUUUUGAAAGACGAGGAUGGUGACGAAAUGGCUGAACCGGAGAUGAUGAAGAGGGUAGUCUUUCCCUAUAUCACACAUUCGGGAAGUCGAUAUGGGAUAUCGCUUAUCCAGAAGACUGUAUCACGGUCCUUCGAUGCCGCCCAUUCCGGUUCUCAGCUCGCAGCUGCAACAGAUGGUCUAGCGGCCGCAUUAUUCUAUGUGGAGAUUCUGCACACGUAUUUCCUCCCUUCCAAUAUAGUCGGUGGUCAAGGCAUCGCCUCCGGCUUCCGCGACGCCGUCUCUCUAGCCUGGCGCCUUGCUCUCCUCUGUCGUGACACCACUUCAUCCAAGAGUUUACUUUCUCACGAGAAAGUCUUGGAAGCAUGGUACAUGGAACGCAAGCAACAGCUGGAAAAGUCCCUAGCAAGCACGAUCGAAAACGGACGGUUCGUGACAGAAGGAAACCCCGUGAAAAUCUUCCUGCGCAAUAUCUACCUGUGGAUUGUGCAACUAGUCCCCAGCUGGAGACAUGAUCUCCGACUUGGUCGGCGGAAAGAGGGUAUGGUGCGGUAUAAGCAUUCUGAUGGAAUGCCGUUUCUGCCUGAGCUCAAUGGGGGCUUGUCUCUUCCGCAGGUUUAUUGCACUGCUGUUAAUAAGGCAGAUGCUGAGAUCCGGUUUACGGAUGAUGUGAUCUUUGCAGCACAUAAAGAAUGCCUGUUUCAGCUUCUUGUCUAUGUGAAAACAUUAGAUGAAGUGGCGGAUGCGAAACAAGUCAUUUCUGACAUUGAUGAUAUAUCCCAUGGCGAGAUUCGAGCUUCUGAAGCGACAUUUCUGGUAGAGGAUCUCUCUUCUAUCUCCACGGAGAUAGAUGAUGAUGUGUUCCGGCUUGCUUCUGGCGACGAGUUUGCGCAGUCCCUGCUAUGUGAGGGACGGCCAGCGCCGCAGUUCUAUGACCCUUAUUCCCUUGGGAAGGAGCUAAAUGGGGCACGUUUUGUCAUUGUGCGUCCAGAUCGGUUUAUUUUCGCUGCUUGUAAUAGCAAAGAAGACCUAAGGCAAUUGGCCAGCCGUGUGGUCUCGUUUCUCCAGGGAUAA